AUGGAACUGCUACUUGGCGGCUAUUUUGUUGGUGUCUAUCGCUCAUUCGACAACAGUGUGCCCGCGAGAAUUAUAGCAUCGGAGACUUUUCCAAAGUCGUGUCUGUCGAACGAUGGUAAUAUGCUGUGUUCUCCUUUGCUGCCAGAUUUCAAAUUAACAGGAUACGCUGGUCCCUUUGGUUCUAAGGAAAAGGCAACACAGUUUCUCAAUAGCUGGAUUGGAUCAGAAAAGCAUGGAUAUGAACGCGUUGGACGUGAACUGAGUACGAAAUUUAAUGUGAAGUGGGCGGAGUCAUGGUGUUUCCUUGAUCAUUUUGUUGAUCUGAGAUCAGAUGAAGGUCUCACAGUUCUCAAUGGCUAUCUCGGUCAUGCUGCGCUAUUUCCAGAACAACCACGUUUACUGACUCCGAACGAUGAAGACUCUUUAGAAGACGAUGAUGAUGAGUUCCAGGAUGCUGCAGAGUCAGUUGAUGAAAUCGAUGAGAACACAGUUCUCAACGAUUCGCUUGCUAGUCUGUCAGCACGCUUGAGUUCCUUAACGCUACACUCACCAGGUGACGUAGUGGUAGAAGAUAACCUAAGGUAA